AUGGCCCCUGUCAUCCCGGUGGAGCUGGUUUCCUGCGGGGGCCCCUGGGCAAAUCUAGCCCGGAAGGCUGAGACCGCUGCUGGGCUGCCCGGGGGUCCCCUCCCCCAGCACGGCCUCCCCCACCUGGUCGCCCUCCGCGGGGCCACGCGUUUCCUGCUCGCGGGAGGUGGGGGUGGGGGCGGCAGUAGGGGGAGGGGGCGCGGGAGCGCGCGCCCGGGCUGGCUGCCUGGCAGGGAGGGAGAGAGGGGGAGAGCGAGCCGUGGGGAGCGAGCGCAGGAGGCCGAGACCAGACAGGGAGCCGGGCUCCGGGCUGUCCCUGGCGCUUUGGAGUCGCCCAGGGCUGCCGCCUCUCGGCGCCAACUUGCUGAGCUGCAAGAUUUGGGAAACCAGCACGCACCCUGCUCGUUCUCUGUUCUCGUUUUCUCCCCUCCUUCCAUUUUCCUCUCUCUCCUUUACCUUCCUUCCCUCCCUCUCCUAGGUUUACCUUACUGGGCCGGUGGCUUCUCCCUUCGUGAUGCCUUAGCGGUAGCCCGGAACACGCAGUGGCAGCGGAGGGCGCAGCACGACACUGCCUUCAUUACUUCAGUUGAAAUCGUCUCCAGGUACCUGUGUGCGGGGGCCGGACCGGGCCAGGCGGGGCAUCCAGGCUCUGGUCGUGCCAGGCCUGCGGUGGCAACCUCGGCUUUCCCUGCGCAGGAGCCUCGUCCUUGCCUCCUUCUCAGAGCUUCGCCAGACUGCUGGCCUCACCCCCCCGACCCCCACUUGGCCCUGAGCAGGUAUGAUCAGGUUAGCUGCUCCUUAGCAGACGCCGGGGGCGUGGUAGGAAUUCUGGGCCCCGGGCCAUUCAAGGUCAGGGGCGCACGCUUCCAGCCUGGGCCUUCCCGCUCCAGGUCUGUCCCUGGCCAGGGACCCCGCCAUUCUCCUGCAUGGCGGGGACACCAUCAGCCCCAAUCCAGGAUAGGAGAUAAGGAAAGAUUUCUUUGUCAGUGGAGACUCAGUCUAAUCCAGAAGAGACAGCGCAGACGGGGACUGGGAUACUGGCCUGGUCACUUACCCUUUUCUCUGCAAGUUCUUUCUGCUCACAGGAGCUGCCUUGGACUCUUUUCUUCCUUCUUUCUUUCCUUCCCGCCUUUCUUCCUGUUUUUUUUCCCCCUUUCUUCUUUUCUUUACUCCUUCAUUCUUUUCCCCUUUCUCUUUAUUUUUGUUUCGUCCUCAGUCUCUCUGUGCCCAGUUUUCUAUCUCUACCUCCUUUCCUCGCCAACUCUUCCUUCUGGGGGACCCAGGGCUAGCUUGAGAAGAGCCUGGAGGGGGUCUUAUUUUCCUGCGGGCGUUCAAGCCGGAUCUGGUGAGGAAGAACUCGCGCGGGCGGCUGUCGAGGGCUGUGGAUCUGGGCCUGGUGUGCCGCUGCGCUGACAAGGCCUCGGUUACGAUCACGACCGGAUGGCGGCGGCCUUGCGUUCCUACGCCGCGAGUCAGCAGCAACAGCAUAGGAGAUCCCAUUUGUGGGCAUUCGCGGCAUGUUCGUGCCCACACUAAGGGCAAGGAGGGCUUCGCCAGCCUUACUGGGGGCUUGAGGCUGGGACCUAGACUGAGGCUCAGCCAGGCUCGGUGGAGUCUGGCCACAGAGCGAGAUCUCCAGGAAGCUUCCUCGACUCUCCCGGCCUUGCCGAUCUCAGCUCAGGCUUUCAACUGCCAUCACAGAGUCCCGCUAAGGCAAAGAUUGGCUGGCUGCUUGCUAGCCAGUAGCUUCUGUCAGGUUCAGAGUAUGUUAGAUAUGGCAUCUUCGUGCGGACGAUUGCUGGAGAAGGGGAACUUCCAGAGCCAGCCUGUUUCAAAUAAUAGGGGAAGGGAAUUUUAAAGUCCAGAACCAUUGGAAUACAAACUUGGGUCUUUGUUCCAAACUGUAGUCUACUGUUGGAAGACAGUCGGACCAUUCUCGUUAUUACUGGGAACCCAAAACAACCUCCAUCCCUCCCUAGCCCCCAACACACACACAUUCAGGCCGUCGGGUUCAUUCCCACGGGGCAGUUCUUCCCUUUCCAGCUCAGCUUUGGGCCCAGGAACUGUUUUCAUCUCUCAGCUCCUGGUCCCCUGAUCUGAAAGGCCCGCACACCACAUUUUCAUCAACUCUUCUCUGCUAUUUUCAGGACCUGUGUAUUGGAUUUGUUCUGGAGGCCAAGGUUUUAGAACUCUCAGGUGAGAAGAGGCAAUUUGUAAUCACGCCCAUUUAUUAUUUCUUUAUGCGCACGAAAUCCCUUUUACUUCCAAAAUAAAAGCAGAUACAAACGCC